GUCAACGCGAGCGCCAGGCACCGCGGGGCCGUCGGCGACCAGGUCGCCAGCGCCGCUGGCUGUGGCGGCGCUGUCGCUGCACGCGCUGCGGAGCAAGCGCGCUUGCCCAAGAAGAUCGGGCAAAAGCGCCAAGCAGAUUUUUCGGAAACAGUGGCUUGCCGAUCAGCGCGCCCUGGGCAACUGCUACGCUGGGCACCAGGGGUGGGACGAAUGCAACCAAGCGUUCGGUCAGUUACCCGAGGCCGACCGUGCCAUCCUAGAGGCGCGGUCUGUUGCCGCGAAGCAUGUCGCGGCCACCGAGCACUCGCUGGGCCAGCUCGCGAUUGGCGAUGCCCAGGCGCUCGACGCUGGCAUGGGGGUUGUCGCUGCUGGGGAGCUUGGCCCGCGCGGUCGUCGUGCAGGAGAGACUUCGGCAGAGUUCACGCCGCUGUCGCCCGUCCCUGGGGCAGCCCUUGCUGUCGACGAUUGGCUCCUAGAUAGGGCGCAGGGUGCUGGGGGCAAGCCGUUGGUUGAAUUUCCAGAUUUGCGGCAGGUCGGCCGUGGGGCGCCGCUGCACGAGCGGCUUUCAGCAUAUUUCAACGGGCACGUCGGUGGCAAAGCGGUUCGCUUCUCAGAUGCGGAGUCCUCUUUCAAGGCUCGCGUGGCGCACACGCCGCCGAUGUCAAAGGUGGCCUCGUUCCCAGCGACGGUCAAGUAUGAGCCUGCCUGUCGCUCCUCUUGCGAGACCAACACUGGCCCUGACAUGUUGGACUUUAAGCGAAGAUUGUCUGCAUCCUUCCGAGAGUUCGGGCGAGCAGUGAGCCCUGACCGCAAACUAGCAUUGUUGCCAGUCGCAGACGCCGUGGUCGUGCUUGAAGUUUGGGCAGCGGCGUCGCCAACCCCUCGGCUUGUGUGGGGGGCUUGGAUUGCUGCUAAAGACGCAUAUUUCAUUCACCCUGCAAUGGUGAUGUUCAACGUUCUUCACAUGGCAGACGUGCGGGAGGAGGCUUUCUAUUUCAAUCGUCGGUAUGUUGGUUGUCAACUGCGCCCUGGUCGCACGCUGUUUGUCGAGCCACGUGUUAAAAGCGACGUGCCCGUGCCGCUGGAUGAGGGUGCCCAUGGCAGGCUGGAAGUAUUCGACGACGAUGAGCUCACCACACUGCUGUGCACCGACGUGUGGAAUGACUCCGACGCUGCAGUUGAACGCAUC